UUUCAUGUUGUCAAGCUUGUGUGUCAUGUCUGCGUCUCUCCAUGUUUCCUGUUUUACUUUGAGAGUCUGGUGUUUCCAUGUUCAAUGUGUUUUGUUUUACUUCCCCUAUGGCGUCAUGUUCAUUCGUGUCAGCUGUGUCUCCCCAGGUGUUUCCACUUCCCUCAUUACCCUCUCGUGUAUUUAAGCCUUCUGUCUCCUUCUGUUCUUUGAUGGGUCGUCUGUUUAUGUCAUGUCAAGUCAGGUCAGGUCACAGAAUCUUUUUGUUCACGGUUUAGGUUCCUGCUCACGUCAGGUUUAGUUUUCUUUAUGUUCAUGUUUCACAUGUUCCUGUUCAAUUUCAUGUUCUUGUUUCAUGUUCUAAUUGUCACAGUCGUUUAGCUGCUCCCAGUGUAGAUUUAGUUGAGUUUUUCCCUCGUUUUUCCUUAGCGGCGUGUCCCACUGUGACACUCUACUGAUUUGUGUUGAUCUUUUAAGUCCACCACAUCAUUUUUACCCUGGUUUAAACUGUGUGAUUAUAGGUUAGGUGUAAGCACAAUAUAAAAUACUUAAAUGUAUUUAUGACGUGUAAAAACAUGUCUUUUAACCUCCAAAGCUAAAACUCUGCUUUGGCUGGCUGGAAAAAAGGCUGUCCUGAGCUUCAUCACUCCUCUGACCAGCUCUCGAUGUUACAGUGGGUCAAUUCAGAUGCUAGAAAGAUUUUUUUUUUCCAUCCUCUCUGAAAGGACCGAGUUCAGGCUGGGUGUUCCUCAUCAAAGUUUAAUUUCUAUGCUGAUGAUGAUGCUCUUUCUGCUGAGCGUGAACACAGACAAUCAAUAACCCCUUCCACGGUGAAAUGCAGAAUGAUCUGAGACUCUCUCAGCAACUCCUCUGUAAAGCGGCCCAUCCUGCUUCCUGUUUUGUCGCUGAGGUGGAUGCUUCUUGUUGAAUCUAUUAUGUUCAGCUUCAGUCAGAUGCAGGUUUCUAAUGUUUGGCUGUAAAUGAACUCAGUUUGCGUUUCAGCUGUGAAUCUUUCAUCUCUGCUGUCGUUUUAUCUCCUCGUUUUCAUCUUUUAUUCAGACCAGCGUGUGUGCUUUGAUCUCAUUUCUGUGUUUUAUUGAUUGACUUUGUUCAGACUCUGAGCAGCGGCACACCUCCAUCACCUGAAACGUCACAGUUUUUCUUCCGCAUUGCUGUUAACGCUCAGUUGAAUAAUGAAACAUUCACGUUGGUCUUAGCGGCUCUUCGGUGAGCUUUAGCUUUCGAAACGGAUGGAUGAUGGUAUGUUUAAGGUCUCACCUGUGUUUCCUGUUGGGAGAUGAUCUCAGGUUUCACUCUAUAAAUCGGAGAGGGUAGGUUUGUUCUUCUCACAGUUCUCCUGUAGGAUGACAAGUUAUCAUCCAAACAGCUGGUCAGAAAGACCGGGAUGGUUCCCGGAGUGCGGCGCGUCAUUUAAGUCUGCAGGGAGCCGAAAGCCUGACGGCUCCAAAACAACAAACAGACCUCAGAGUUCACACUUCAGCCUCACCUGCAUCCACAAGUCAGAGCACUGCCUGGGAAAGGUGGAGAAGAUGCAGAGAGCUGCAGCUCCGUGCUGAAAAAUACCACCUGUAUCCAGAACCGGUUCCACCUGCAGAUGGCGACGGGUGUUCCAGAGUCGGGUCUGUCUGAUCUGCUGCUGACGGUUCUGCAGCGGUCCGGUUGGCGGGAGGGGACCGCCGUGCUGUGUCGGGGCUGGGAGGAGGCUCGGGGUCUUCUGCAGCUCCUAGACCAUCACAGCAGUGCAUCGUGGGAAGGCGGCAGGAGGGUCACCUGGCACUUGCGAGCCUUGCUGAACCUGACGCAGUCGGCUCACGAUGACACGCAGAUCCACGACUUCCUGUCUCGACACUUCCGACAGAACCAAGCCUCACCAGCCUCAGUGCUACUGUUCGGGGCCGACCCGCAGUGCGCGGCAGCUGUGCUGCGCAGCGCCCAGGACCUGGGGCUGACGUUACCCAUGGUACACUGGGUGCUGGGUCAGCCGCUCAGCCCCGACGUGCUGCACACCAUCGGGCUGCCGCUUGGCCUACUGGCCUACGGUGAGGUGGAACGGAAACCGCUUGACUACUACGUUAGAGACGCCCUGCAGCUCAUCACCAGGGCUGUUGCUGCGGCGACUGCGGUGAGGCCGGACCUGGCUCUGAUCCAGAAUACGAUGAACUGCUACGACAAACCCAACAAGCACGAGGUGCUGACCUCAGGACAGUACCUGUCCAGGUUUUUGUCAAACACAUCUUUCUCUGGACUCACCGGUCCCAUCCGGGUCCACCAGAACUGGUCUGAGGUUAUAACUCUGCAGCGGUUCCAUAUCUGGAGUCUGCGGCGGGACGCACUGGGUCAACCCACCUGGGUGACAGUAGGCAGCUGGGAGGAUGGCUCGCUGCAGGUGGAGGACCAGCAAGUGUGGCAGGGACCCAAGCCUCACCACAGGAUGGAUGGGAUGGGUGGGAGGACCAGGGGCCAGUGGAGGGCAGGGUUGCCGGUGGCAGGGAGUCGGGUCCGGGUGGUAACCCUGGUGGAACAUCCCUUCGUGUUCACGCGGGACGUGGACGACGAGGGCAGCUGCCCGGCCGGUCAAUUCUGCCUGGAUGCUGCCGCUAACAGCUCAGAGACCCUGGAGAGAUACUUCAGGGAAGUGGCAGGUGGAAACAGCAGCUCGCUGCCCAGAGACUACACCAAGUGCUGCUAUGGAUAUUGUAUAGACCUUCUGGAGAAGCUGGCUGAGGACCUAGGCUUUGAGUUUGACCUUUACAUCGUCGGAGACGGAAAGUAUGGAGCUUGGAAGGGAGGCCGCUGGACCGGGCUGGUGGGAGAUCUCCUGAAUGGUCUGGCAGACAUGGCUGUCACCUCAUUUAGCAUAAAUUCUGCCCGUAGCCGGGUGAUUGACUUCACUUCGCCCUUCUUCUCCACCAGCCUGGGCAUCCUGGUGCGCAGUAAGGACACGGCGGCCCCCAUUGGGGCCUUCAUGUGGCCCCUGCACUGGUCCAUGUGGGUGGGCAUCUUCCUGGCGCUGCACAUCACUGCACUUUUCCUCACGCUCUAUGAGUGGAAGAGUCCUUAUGGGAUGACACCUCAUGGGCGCAACCGGGUGAGGGUAUUCUCUUACUCAUCGGCUCUCAACCUGUGCUACGCCAUCCUGUUCGGGCGCACCGUCUCCUCUAAGACCCCAAAGUGCUGGACAGGCCGCUUCCUGAUGAACCUGUGGGCCAUCUUCUGUCUGCUGGUGCUGUCCAGCUACACCGCUAACCUUGCUGCUGUCAUGGUGGGAGAGAAGACCUUUGAGGAGGUCUCAGGGAUCCAUGAUGCCAAGCUGCAUCAUCCGUCACAGGGUUUUCGUUUUGGGACAGUGAGGGAAAGCAGUGCGGAGGAUUACAUGAAGAAGAGUUUUCCAGAAAUGCAUGAGUACAUGAGACGCUUCAACGAGCCAACCACACCUGAAGGAGUUGCCACCCUCAAGACAGAUCCUCCUCAGCUCGAUGCAUUCAUCAUGGACAAAGCUCUGUUGGAUUACGAAGUCUCCAUCGAUGCUGACUGCAAACUGGCGACAGUCGGGAAACCGUUUGCCAUUGAAGGUUACGGUAUCGGCCUCCCUCAGAAUUCUCCUCUGACAUCCAAUGUCUCCGAGUUCAUCAGCAGGUACAAAUCCGAUGGAUACAUGGACCUGCUGCACGACAAGUGGUACAAAGUGGUUCCGUGUGGGAACCGCGUGUUCGCCGUUACUGAGACUCUUCAGAUGGGCAUCAGUCACUUUUCCGGACUCUUCGUGUUGCUAUGCGUCGGCGUGAGCGGCGCUUUGCUGACUCUGGCAGGCGAACAUGGUUUUUACCAACUCGUCCUGCCACACAUCCGCCGCCGUCAGAACCUAAAGUACUGGCUGCACACCUCACAGAAAAUCCACCGAGCUCUGAACAUGACGUACGAGGACGUGAAGAGGCAGCGAGCUGAGAAAGAGAAGAGCUGUAACCUGCACAAGUCUCAGCCCUCUCCGGCCCCUCCAGCUCCGGGAGCUUCAGCCAAGUGGAACAACGAAACGAGCAAGGACGCCGCUGCCGCCGCUGCUGCUGCUGCUGCUGCCAAAGAUGCCAGAGACUUCAAAAGAGUCCACUUCAACCUGGAGACGCUCAACACCCGCCGUCUGCUUGCUCGUCUUGCAGUCUCUGAAGCCAAGGGAGGCAGCGCCAUGGCUGAGAGGGAGGGACCGGCCAAGCCGAAGGUGGGGCCAAACAGCAGCCUGUGUGAGAAUGGAGGACCGGCGGCUUCGUUCACCAACCUACUGCUCACGCUCCCCUCCUCAUCCUCCUCUGCAAGACCCAAUGCUUCUGCACCAUCCCCCUCAGCUGUGGCACUUCCUCCGCCUGCUACUUCCACCCCUGCCCCCGUUACCAUAGCCCCGCCUGCCUCAGAUGCCCCACCCCGUGCUGCUGUGGCUCCGCCCCGGCCUGGCGAGCUGGAGGAGCUGGAGGAGGAGAUCGAACAGAUGAGGGAGAAGUUACGGACAGCUCUGGCAAGGAGAGCUGAGAUUCAGACGACUCUAACCAAACCCACUGUCACAGUGACAAGCACCCCAUCAUCCGUUACCACGACAACUAUUAUGGCAACCCCAACAACGACAGGAGCCACGCCCAUUCCCAUACCCACCAUUACCCCAGUAACAACCCUUCCUUCCAACAUGAAAUGCGUAACGACCAUGACCGACCCGCCUCACAAAGUCCUAUCUAAAGUCCGGCCCCUCCACAGCAGACUGGCCAGUCAGAGGAGGUGAUGUUCUCUGGAAAGGUCACACGACACGGCGGCCAUUCUAAUCAGCAGUGAGGAAAAAAUUUGUUCCUUUUAUUUUUUUUUUUUACUUUCUCAAGUUCUCAAAGAAGUUGAUUGAGAAACAUGAAAGAAACAGAAAACAUCAAAGAGCCCUGAAGCUAAUCAGAUGAUUGGUUACCUAAUCAAUAUUUUUAGGCUGGAUGAAAUUAUUGAACCCCUUAGAGUUCAAACACUUUAUAUUUCCAGCUAAAAUUAGAAAUCCUGUGAAAACAUUAAAGAAAAAAUGAAAUUGUUUCAAUGACUUUAUAAAAUAAAAAUUUACUGUUGAGAAAAUAUGCUAAUUUAAAUCCAUAAAUCUUAAAAUGAAAGUCAGAAGAUCAGGCAACAUCCCCCAAACCUGAACCUUUAUUAUUUCACACAUUUCAAAGUUUGAAUAAUCACUCAAAACCCAGUUAUUUUAUACACUAAAUUUAUUAUUUUGUAAUAUUAGUAAUUAGUAUUGAAUUAGUAUUACUGUGAGUACAGUUUGUUUUUCAGAGUUUUUUACUCCUAAACCUCAAAGACAAUCUAUUUAAAAUAUUUUAAUAUGAUAUAUUUAUCACUUUAAGAGUGAUAUGUUUUUUUGUCAAUUAAGUGCUCAAAUAUAAAAAAAUAAAUUAUUAUCUUUUAAUGUUUUUCAGUCACAAGUACAGCUUGUGAAGUCUAAAGUCUGUCAGAUAAAUUAUGUAAACUGAGGAAGAGAAGAAAACCAGGACGUGAGCCUGAGGUACACAGAAUUUAAUGAGUUCUUCGUUUGAGCCAAAUACAGAAUAAUGUAGCAGUUGUAUUAUAGAAGUGCAUAUUCCUAAAACAAAACCAGAGACUUAUUUUUGCAUAUUUUUACAUAUUUAGUAACAAAACAAAUAAGUUUGUAUAUAAUUAAAAUAGCUGCAGUGAAUCUAAAGAUUUUAUUCUUUAUUUUUAUAUAAAAUCAGAGUCUGAUGUUCAGUUUCCACCUCUGACUGGUUAAAACGGCCGCCGUGACAGAGACUGAAGAGCAUUUCUGGAACUUUCUAAAACUCUGGUGGUGCACAAAAAGCAUGUCCACUCUCUAAAAAAAUUACAAGAAGUACACAUACCACCAGACACAACAUGAACAAUAGAGCUGUUUCCUGUUGGGAGCAGAAACGGUGGUGUUCAUGCAAUAACAUAGUUGUUCUUCACACAGGCGCAACUCCUCUUCAUGUCACAUGAACAUGGUUAGUGUAAGCUGUAUGCCGAAGGUUUUUAUUAGAUUCACUUCACUACAGACAUGAAACCUUAAAUGUUCCCACAGAGCCUGAACCCAUCCCCCUUAUGUGACUUUAACCCAGCCACCCCACCCCAGCAGCAGCGCCCCCUGCUGUGUCGACACUGGCAUUUCCAGUUUGUUUCCAUCAAAAGUUAAAGUCAGGGUGAUGGACAUUGCUAUGAGAAUGAUGAUCUGCAGUCAAGCCCUGAAAAUCUUAGAAAUAUGAGGAUGGCAGGAUGGCUACUCUGGAUGGCAUUACCUUGGCCUCCAGUAACACUGUGAGUAAUCGCUGAGUCGUUUUUGACCAGGAUACGUUCUUCAGCAUCUACAUUAAACAAAUAUUUAUCUUUCUUCAAAUAUGUUUCUUAGAAACGCUGAACUGCGUCACUUUCCAAAAUAAAGAUGAAGAAAUGUUAAAAUUCUCCAGAAAACAUGAAAUCUUAUGUAAAACCUUCAAAUGGUCUGAAAAGUUGAGGAUGUUUUCACUCUGUUUGGUACAUUUACAGGUUUCUCAUAAAAAAGAAAGAAAAAAAUUAAGUCAUAUUUUAUUCAUUCAUUGAGUUUGUUUUUCAUCAGUUAAACUUAAAUCUGAGAGAUGAGCCUGACUUUUAACUUUCAGAUAUUUUACGGAGUUAAAUCCAUUAUUCAUCCUGUCAUUCUUCUUAAGUGUUUUUAUGAUAAUUAAUAAAAUCGACUUUCUAAUGAA